AUGUUCAAACCCCCAAACCGCGGCCUCUGGGUCUGCACUCAAUGUGUUCGACAAGCUUCCCGCGGCCAACAGCGCCGGUGGAUGGCCGCCGCCUCCGGCGCCGCCCCCUCGAGUCUGCCCGCCGACCACGCACCCCCGGGUAGAAACGCUGACGAUGCGAUCCUGCGGGAACUCUUCGACUCUCCCUCCCGUGUAGCAAAAGCAUUCAAGGCUGCUGGCCCAAGCGUCGGCCUAUUCAAGAACCGAUACCUCACGAGCCCAAAUGGAUUCUACGUAUUUGCUCGCCGAAGCUUGGACAAGGCGCAAAAGAUUGUCCAUCGAGUCCUCCAUGCGUCGACUGCUUCCGAGUAUCAGGACAUUGUCAAGGACUUGGAUCGGUUGAGUGACCUGCUCUGCAGAGUCCUCGAUCUCUCAGAUUUUGUCAGAAUGACGCACCCUGACCCGAGGUUCCAGCAAGCAGCUGCAGGGGCCUGGUCCAUGGUAUACCAGUACAUGAACCAACUCAACACCAUGACUGGGUUGAGCGACCAGCUUGUGAAGGCGAUGGCAAAACCCGACGUUGUUGCGGCUUGGUCGGAGGAGGAGAGAACGGUGGCAGAGAUAUUGAAGUUGGACUUUACGAAGUCGGCCGUCGACCUCCCCCAGCAAGAACGUGACCGAUUCGUCGACCUCUCUCAGCAGAUUAGUGAGGUUGGAUCUGCCUUCGUCUCGAACAUGGCCCCUGCAAAGAGGGAAGUUGUGCUGCCAUCGUCCAAUUUCUAUGGGUUGUAUCCCAGCAUCGCUCGAGCACUUACGAUGAGGGGCAAGUUGCGCCUCCCCACCACCGGGCCUGAAGCUCAGGCCGCACUCCGAAGCGUCAAGGACGAGAACACCCGGAAGGAGGUUUUCACAGCGAUGCGCACUGCUUCGAAGCAAACCGUGAACCUGCUGGAGACUAUGCUGAAGCUGCGAGGUGAGCUGGCGAAUCUGGCCGGCUUUUCCAGCUACGCCCAUCUUGCCUUGAAAGACAGGAUGAUGGCCAAGUCCCCCAGUGCAGUGUUGCAGUUUCUCCACGCGCUGCAAAAGUACAACACGCCCAUGGUGCAGGCGGAAAUGGCAGACCUUUUGAAGUUGAAGCAGACCCGCCUUGACAGCACGUCUACUCAGAUCCAUCCCUGGGACAAGGAUUUCCUAAUGGAUGGCGUGAGGGCUGAAAUGAGACUUCCCGUUCGUCACCCUGACCACCUUCCCUCCUUCUUCUCGAUCGGCACCGUCAUGCAGGGCAUGUCAAGGCUAUUCACUCGUCUUUACGGCAUUUCGUUCAAACCUAGGGAGUCGCAGCCAGGCGAGACCUGGCACGAAGAUGUGCGACGUUUGGACGUUGUUACUGAUACUGGCGACUUGAUCGCAGUUCUGUACUGCGACUUAUUCUUCCGAGAGGACAAGUCGCCUAACCCUGCUCACUUUACGGUGCGAUGCUCUCGUGCAAUUGCUCCUUACGAGGUCCAGGAGGCAGCGGAAGACCUGCACCACAACUCGUCUGACUUGCCCAAGUUUGAAAGACCCGAGCAAGCUGCCAACGAUGGCAUGGAGAGCUUACAGGAGAACGGCGUCUUGAUGCAGUUGCCAACGAUCGCCUUGGUCUGCGACUUCCCCAAGCACGAUGCAAACAGCUCUGCACCAGCGCUACUGUCGUACUAUCAAGUCGAGACCCUGUUCCAUGAGAUGGGCCAUGCCAUCCACUCGAUCCUUGCCCGCACGAAGCUUCAGAACGUUGCCGGCACGAGAUGUGCCACCGAUUUUGCCGAGCUCCCUUCCACACUGAUGGAGCAUUUUGCCGCCGACCCAUCAGUCCUUGGCUUGUUCGCGCGUCAUUGGAAGACGGAUGAACCUUUGCCUUACAAAAUGGUCGCGGAACGGAUCCGCCUGGCCAAGCGUUUCGAGGGCAUCGACACCGAGAACCAGAUUCUUCUGUCUCUUCUCGACCAGUCCUAUCACGCCCCGGAAGUCACCGAAGGCUCCUUCAACUCAACAAAGGUCUACCAUGAUCUGCAGAGGCAAUAUGCCCAGGGCGGCCCUGAUCCUCCCGGCACCUGCUGGCAAGGCUUCUUCGGCCAUCUUCACGGCUAUGGCAGCACCUACUACAGCUACGUCUUUGACCGCGUGCUUGCUGAGCGAGUUUGGAGGGUCGUGUUCAAAGCCGGCGCGGACGGCAAGGCGCUGGACCGCGCCAACGGCGAGAGGCUCAAGGAGAAGCUCCUCAAGUGGGGUGGGAGCCGCGACCCGUGGCAGUGUCUCGCGGAUACGCUACAGGAUGAUCGCCUUGCUAAAGGUGACGACAAGGCCAUGGCGCUCGUCGGUAGUUGGGGUAUCAAAGACGACCAUGCUUGA